UCCGCGAUGAGUCUUCUGCCCUACCCCUUCUCUGCCGCGGCGGUCGGUUCCACCAGCGUCUCUGCACUGGCCUUCGUCGUCCCUACUCUCCUGUACGUAUUGGGCCUCAGCAUGCUCGCCCAUGCCCCUUUCAUGGAGGACGUCAUCCUACAUCUGGCCUCCCUCGACAAGCUCUGGAGCGUCUUCUCGAUCAUCUUGGGCCUCCUAUUCGGCUUCUACACCACUGCCAGCUUUUCCCGUUGGUGGGCUCUGCGGACCCUCACUGCCCACGCUGCUGGACGCUCGAUCGAUAUCACCGUCAUCUUGACUGGCGAGGGCAUGGCAGAGCACUUGGAUCUCUACCGACUGCUCCUCCUCAGCUACGCAAUACAUCUUAUUGAACUAACGGGCGGUCGAGGGGAAGAUCGAGUCGAAGCGCUAGAGGCUAUGGGGUUGCUAAAGAAAUCUGACACCAUAGCCCGGCCGUUGUCGGUCCCCGCAGUGUACUCAUGCUUUCUACGUAACCUCGCGGCCAUCAAGGAUGUACCCUCCCACGUGCGACUGUCUGUUCAAGCUGACCUUACUGUCUGUCGGGGCUGUGCAGGCGACUCUAUGAUGUAUCUGAGUACUCCAGUGCCGCCGACUCUGUCCUGGAUUGUCCACGGGGGUACGUGGGCGUUUCUACUUUUCAUGCCGUUCGGGUACGUAGCACCUCUCGCCAACCAUGACACUCAUGCUGUCAUCGUCAUUUCAUCGUCCAUUUUUAUUAUCAUGCAUACUUGGCUGCUCACUACAGACUAUGUGCUCAAUUCAACUAGAGGCUUCAAUCUGAACAAGUUUUGGUUGAACACUGUUGCUACUGUGGAGUCCCUUGUGAGCCAAUCGAUCGUAGAGGAGGCCCAACGGGAUAAGCCUCCCCAGCCCAGGCGAUUUAGUCGCCGCCGCCCACAAGACAGCAAGAAGGAUGCCUAAGAC